AUGGACACUCUCAUCACGCGCUACAAGGACAAGCUCGAUCGCAAAGAUGACCGACGCCGUCUCAAGGACAGGCCUUUGGAGCAGCCCGGUCCUGCGUGCCAAGAUUCGAGGCCAAAUCGAAAGUACUUUGCCGAUCCACCGGCCUCACUUCCGCCUCCGCUCGUGAAGCCCGUCUUCAUCCCGCAGCGCAGACAGGCGGAUCGGCUGCGAGGCUUCCAGCUGCUCUACGCACCGGAUCUGGCCGCCAGUGGCGUCACAGAGCCUGAAUUCGUCCACUUUCUCAACACGCUCAACGCCGCCAUUGGGUUCGACAACAGGGUCAAGAUCUUGAACUUUGCCGUGGACGUCGGCACGCUUGCCUGCAGCUCGUGGGAGGUGCUUGUGGCCACUAUUGGUGCACAAGCUCUGACCACCACCGCAAUGCACGUAAAGAGCCGUGCCAAGAGUCAAGCGUACAUUGCCCACGCCAACCAGCGCUACUUUCAUCCGCGCGGCUUGCAUGCUCAGAUUGUCCCUGUCUCCAGCGUUCACGCCGUGUCCUCGCCAUCGAAUGGCGUUCAACAGGAGGAGACAGCACUCGAACCAAGCACUUUCCAGUUCAGCCUUGGCUCGCCCAACGUCCUCCCGCUAGAUCACCCCAAGGCCAAAGGCGGACUCUUCAAUCUGAACAAGCGUCCGAUCGACUACGAUCCGUUCGACUACGGUCCUGGCUACGCGCGAAUCCUGCCGCACCAGUAUGCUCCCAUACGACCAUCUGAGAUCCAGAUCCCCUCCUCUUCGCUGGUCGACAAGAUGGCGGACAAAGUAGAGAGCUACAAUGUGUGGCAAGACCGACUUCCCGCCAAGAAGAGUGUUCGGCGGGAGAAGAAGCGGCAAGACACGAUCGGUCGAAUCCGCUGCAGCGAGGGAGAAGCCGGUGUUCUGGAAUUCUUGCGGAAGGAGGAAGCUCGCCACGAGGAACAGCUGGACAAGAACAAAUUGCAACAACUCAUGGACCGGAACAAGGUCAUCCUCGUCGUUGUCAAUCUCGACUCUCGAGCGACCGGUCGCCAGCUCACCGAAUGA